UCCGAUCCUCUCGGAGAUAGCACGAAUAGUCUUCGAAGCACUUCGUCAUCUGGGUAUCAGCAACAUCAAGUGCACCAUGAUCAGUUGCCGACAACCACGUUAACCGGUUCCACGUCGCCCAGCGGUCGAAACGACUUCAGGCUAAUCCGUGUGUUCCUUCAUGACGAUAUGGUUGCCACUUCAAAGCACGCUCGCGAGCUCGAAGACGCGGUGACGCAGACUCUUCGCGCGGAACCUUUGUUAAAUGGGGUGCUUGUCGUCCUAAAACUAGCAUUGCACAAACAGGGAGUCGCCCGAUUUGUGUUUCAUUCGGAAGAUGUAUCCGGAAGAGCGUGGGCACUUUUGAUCGUUGGGUUCAAGAAACUUCUUGACGCACAAUCUAGAAGUGGCGAGCCUGGCAGCACGGGCACAGAGCCAAUGAUUGUGGAUGAAACCCUUGCAACCCUUGCAGACGUUGAGAGGCUAGCAGCGGCGUCGGUUUUCGAGGAUGCGCAUACUUUGUGGGGUCAAAGGAUGGCGUAUUUCGAGAUGAGCGAUAAACUAGUAACGUCGCUUCUCCGUGCCUUCGUGAGCGUCGUGGUGAAGCCGCUGUAUGGGCGUCCGAGAAGCCCUCACUUGGAAUCUUUUUUUCAAACGUUUUUUACUGCAGGUGAAUUGAAAACUCUCGCUGACGAGGGACUCAACUUCUUCAGGCAGGACGGAAUUGGAAAGCAAAAAGUGCGGCAGUUUUUUGAGGCAGUACUGACACACGAUCCCUCCGACCUGCUGAGACACACGAUUCCAGAAAUUGCGCAGGUCAGUAUCGAGGAAGAGAGCAGCAGCUCUGGAGAGAGCUCGCUGGAUGGUCGCGGCACAAGCGCGUCGCCCAUGCCAAGUCCUGCUCCAAUUGGUAGCGCAACUUCGGGCUCUGCCGCGCAGCAAGUAGUCGACGGCUGUUCGGUGCUCGCAGUUAAAGCAUGGCAGCAAGCAGCUCAGCUUGGGACGGAAGGUGCGUGGGAAGGUCGUCAGCUAGUCGCGGGAGGAUCGGCGUCUGCUGCAGUGGCGCAUGGAUGGCACAACAUGCACCCUCAAAUGCUUGGCGAAGGUACAGAUGGCAAUGUGGCUAGCAAGAUGGCGAUGCCGAUCGGAGGCGUUGCUCAGACCCCGCGAGGUCCGGUCGAGUACAUGUGCUGUCCGAUUUGGGUACCACGUGGCUCGACUAGUGCAGCAGGUGAUGUGAAUACUCACCACGACGGCCAUGAACAACUGACUCCGGAACAUCGUGCAACCGUGGCACCCACGGACAAUUCAUCUCUAUCUAAUGUGGCCGGCACAGCGUACUGGCAUGGGUGGCAGCAUGGGGCAUACCCAUGGUGCGACGCGACCUCUCUACAGCCAGGCACUUAUAAUUCCUUUCCUGACCUCCACCAUGCGUUUGGUCUUGCUGCAGGUGAGUCGCUCACCCCAGUGCAAGCGAGCGCACACGCGCUUACGGUUACGCCAAGAUCUUUUAUGCAACAAGAGGAAAGAAGAGAGGCACAAAGCGCUGCUGACGAUGAUGAAGCAACACAAGUUUUGUCCUACAAAGAGGUGUGCUUGCAAUUUUCCCGAAUGGAGAUCGGUGAAGAGGAACGGGCGAUUGCUGACGAAGAAUGGAGCCCACGAGGUGCAUUCGGAAGUCAUUCAUCGGAGUCUGUCAGUCAAGCCACCACAUCACCGUUCUUUUUCGCGGCUGCAGCUGGCAAGGAGGACACAACUGCGGCUGACAGCGAGAAUUCGAGAAUGUUGGAACGGAUGAAGGAAAGGAAUGCCAGUGCGCUACAAGUGUCAAGGUCCUCACCUCUUUUCCAUGGAAGAGCAAGGUUUGUGAGCGGCGCGUGUAGCGACUCCGGGAGGUGUUGGGGCGAUGAUUCACACAGCAUAUGCGAUAGCGACAUUGACAUGGAACAGAGUGUGUGCGGCGACGAAUGUACGAAGGCACGAUGCGAUGAUCGAAACGAGGAUCGUGGAUCAAAUUCCGAAGCUUCCAGCACGGACGCGAGCUCUGACUGCGCCACUACGCGUAUAGGAUCGGAUUUUGUUCCGCGUUGCAGUACUCCACCAGCACCAGACCUCCAUACUGCAGACGAAGCAUGUCCUACUUUUUCCAGUAAUAUGCAAUCCACGGCCGACGUACAAGUACAACGAGAGCCACUUCCUUCGACCGGAAUGGACGACAUUCACAUUACACCACAUGAGGAAGUAGACAAAGCUUACUUGCCAACAGCGUCGCGAGACGAUGACCCUUUCAUCAAGAGAUCUGCGGAAACGUCACCGACGCAGACACCGGCAGGGGACUCGCCUUCAUGGGCGUGUGUUGUGCGCGGUGACGCCAACGCACGGCAAGCGCAACCUAACCGUACCAUGCCGGCAGCGCGUAGAAGUGCUAGCGUUACUUGGCAACCGGUUGCCUGUGGUGCGGAAGCACCGACUGGACCAUCCGCAAAAUGCGCUGGCAGCAGCCCACUACAAGGGCCCACUCAACCAAGCGCGGAGUCGCAUGCAGACCCCUUGGAUAGCGAGGAUGGUCCGGGAGGUGCUGAGCCACAUUUACCGGCUUCGUCUCCCGAUCUUACACCUGCGCCUGCUUCAAGUUCAACUCCCAACAGGCAGUCACAAGGCCUUGACGCGAAAGAUGGUGCGCCGCCUGGGGAGGACAUGCGACCUGCAAGUGAUGAUGGGAACGGUCCCCUUCCACGUGAUGCUAUUCCAAUGACAGUUCUCUCUUCCGGGACGCGUGCUCGGCACGGAGCAUCCCAGCCAGCGCAACAUCUCGAAGUCCAGAACAGGUUCGCAACCCUGCAGUCCUCUGAAAAUGAGGAUGAAGGAAAAAUAACGACGACAACCCACAGUCCGUCGACCGAGGCCGCGGGUGCAUUGGCUGGUGGUGAUGAAGAUGGGAAUGAAGGAGAAUCACUCGACGAGGACCCUGCGAUGCCAGACGCGGCAUUGCAAAGCAAAAACUCUGGCGAGAGCGAGACUGCACGUGUAAACGCCAACAACAGCCAGAGGGCGAUGAAGAGAGCCGCCCAGCGACAGAGGAGAAGAGAGAAAAGGGCCAGCACCGCUGCGAAAGAGGCAUCGGAUGCGGAUGUUGUGUCGAGGAAGCAGGGUCUAGGGCUAGACGAAGCUUCGUCUUCGACAUGCUUGCCAGAUUCAGAAGCCACGCGUGUGACCGCUCCGGAAUCUCCGGCGUCACAAGAAGGUUGCGCCGUCUCUGCGGAAAGAGAAGCAACGCUGCUGACCAAGCAAAGAGCAUGCCAGUCAGAAAAAAAAGCCGGACAGUCGGCAACCGCUGAUGGAGGAUUUAAUUUGGUGAAAGCGUUCCAUGGAUAUAGCGAUAGCCGCUCUGCAUCUGCAAAGAGCUCCCCUGCGCGGCGACCGUGCGCUAACGCUAGUGUCGGGCCCUGCGAUCACCAUGCUGUUGGUGUGGCCCUUCCCGACGCCAGUGCGACGCAAAACGGGUGUGUUGUCACGCCGCAAGCCGCGCAAAAGACAGAGGUAGCCGCUAAUGCGACGCAGCAGUGCGGUGCAAUUAUGGAGUCACUUGUGUACAGUAUAGCAGGAGGACCGCAAGGCGAUUUGGAAGCCCUUUCCGGUAUUCUGAAAGAAGCCGGCGUUUCUGUAGGGCCGGAGACACUGAAAAAUGUUUGUAAAGGCAUCGCUGACGAGCUACAGGCGGGUGAUCCCCACGAACAAGAUCGUUUCGAAGCAGCGGCCGAACCGGCGAAGAAAAAUUUGCGGCAACUGGGUCUAGUUUGUGAUACGGCGUCAAAUGCAGAUAGUACUAAGGCAGGUGGUGCCGCAAGUGGACAAGUUGACAAGAGCAAUGACGUGAAUGCGAUGGAGGUGGACGACGAGAGUGCGGCACCAGUGGCGAGAGAGUGCAAUGAGCCGUCUGCUUCGGCUUCGGCUUGCGCAAAAGCUUCACAAGACGCUCAGUCGUGCGACCCGACAAGAGAGUACUCCAAAACGAAACGUGCGACCCGACAAGAGAUUACUCCAAAGACAGAUGAGUCUUUUCAGUGUGAUGCAAAACUUCCGGCCCCUUUAUUUCCAGCGGGAGCGGAGGAACCUCCGCGCGUAGAACAAGCCGAGUCCUGUCCUGUCACGGAGCAGAAAGGCGUCGACGGCAAUAAAGAGAGCAGCUGCGAGGAGUGUCCUCUGCUUGGAAGCACGACGCGCUCCGAUUCCUUGUGCUCGAACCACGGCACCCGGCCUGCCGAGCGAAUCUCGAGAACCGCAGAUGAUAGCCCUAUUGCGGUUUGGCGGGCUCUUCGUGAUGUGCAGCAAGCGGCAUGGGAUCGCUACAUUGCUGAGGUAGUCUUUUCGCCAAGUUACGAGGCCUAUCGGGUUCGCAACGAGCAGCCGACGAGUUUCAUGGCUGAGCGUCCAAAAUUUAUGAAAAUUGUGCAGAACCUCGUGGACACGUCGUACACAGACAGCUCUACCAGGAUUGACCCGUUUCUGCCAUUCAGUUCCGCACGGGCUGCGGCGUCUGGGGAUACCGUGGCAAGAAAAGCAGUCGCUCCGGAUGAAGCUUGUCAGCCUUGGCUAACGGCAACGUCCUCGGGUACAUGGCAGCACCUCAACGAGCACGCUAGAGUCGAUCGAAGCAAGGCAGAUGAUUUGGAGCCUGGUGACGCGAUGCAAGUCAUUCAUCAGAGUGCACCGAGCUUGUCUCUUUCUGGUGUUGCUGCUGGCGUGGGCCUGCCGGAAGAAGGGGAGGCACAAGACAGCCAAGAGGAUGGCAGCGGGGAGAUUGUGUUUGCACGUUGGCGUGAAAGCUUCACAAAAAAGCGUCAACAGGUCACUCGCUGGAGCGGCGCUACAGUAGAAGGUUCGCCGGGGACUUCCACAGGGGAGACCUUGCCGGUAUGCCAAAAGGAGAGCUGGAGCUCUGUUGAUGCCGAAGUAAUCCCCCAUGACGGAUCCGUGUUGAUGAAAACGAGCCUGGCCGUUCUGGAGUGGCUCGAGCUCGAGCAGCAGUUGGAAGAGGAUACCAGCAAGCACCAAGACGAACGCUUCCUCGACUUGAGUGCGAAUUAUGUGACUCGUGUGGUCUUUCCCCGUUGUCGCGAGGUUGAAGUGUACAGGCGCGGGCAGGCUAGCAAGGCGUCGGUGCAGAACGGUGCUUCAUCUGGAGCAACCAACAAUCCUACAUCGCUGAUUUCUCGCAACAAAUCGGAAAAAUCGCAAGGAAAAACACCCGCGGCACCCGCUGCAUAUGUGGUGGUCGCAUUUAAGGGCACAAGUAAAAAAGAACGCUGUCGUUAUUUGUUGCGACCUCUCCUAUCAUGUGAUGAAGAAUAUGCUGUAAAGCUCGGACGUCUUUUCUAGCGAUGCACACCGUGUAUAAUGAAUUAUGGACAGCCCUAAUUUUUCACGCGAAUCAACCCCGACUGCUCCAGCUUUUCAAGAGACGACGUCAGAUCUGACUUAUGUUCCGGCUUCAGAGGCUAUGCAACGUUUGCAUUCGGAGAUACUAGAGAGCAGUGAGAUUGCGGACAAGGUGAAAGAAUGGCGAAGCUUGUUGACGGAAAUUUCCGAGAAGCUCGCUCUGGGUGGAAUUCAGCUGAGUAAGAAGAAGCGAUUCGAGUUGGAAGGACAUACUAGCUCUGCUACGCAAGAAUUCAAGAGCAAGGCGAACUCCCCCAAUGAAAGGACUGCGAUAAUUCGGAGUGCUCAUCCACGAUUUGGACCUUUUAAGAAGGGGACGAUUGGCCCCAAUGAAGAGACUAGAAGGCUUGGUGAUCUUAAGGCUUUCGACAAUUCACUUAGUAGAAGUAGCAGAUGAGUAAGUACUAUUUUUAAUAACGACAAUUCAGAUUCAGAUUCACUCAGUAGUAAAUGAGGACUAUCAUUAAUUAGAAGUGCAACGAAACGAAGACAGUUGCGGAAUACUGAUCAGGGAGAACAAUGACUCUGAGCGAGAGAAACGCAGGUAAUCACCAUUCUUACUUAUCAAUGACCUCUCUGCUCUUAUUUAGUGUGCGGAUGCGCUACAGGCUGAGCUUGCAGUGAUCUUUGCGAAGGCGCACGCGCGCAUGGCUCGCCAUUAUGCGGAACUAAGUUUGACCACCGCCAUCAGCCGAGAAGGCAUUGCAGGGAAGAAGGCGCCAGAACAUUCAGGCGAAGGUGCAUCUAACGCAGCAGCGACAAGUCGCGGAAGCAGCACUCCAGCCUUCGGUCCAGAAGAUAUCGCGAGCUGUGUUACUUCGUACUUAAAGCAGUUGUCUGCUAAAGCUUCGCGGUAUUUUCAGGACGCUGUCCAAGGGCGUCCCACAUUGUGGCAAGAACUGGUGGCGGUGUUUCGCCCCUUGUUUCGCCGUGACGCGGACAAGAAGAGUGGCGCCUUCAAUUGGGACCUAACGGAGCAGCGGCUUAGCACUUCUCAGGUGUGGAAGCAGCUGGUGCUAGAGGGAUUUCUUCUGAAUACUCUCUUACUGGAUGCUCUGGACCAAUCCGCCGUGUUCACUUCUGUCCGCACACCGCCGGUAGGAGGGUUGCGUCGUUUAGUCGCGGAGACCGUCAGCGCUCGUGUGGAGGUGCUGUCCGCGUCGUUCUCUAAAAAGGAGCAGAACAAACCACAACAGAGUCCUGGUGAAGAUAAAAUAGCACCGCCAGUAUCGGGUAAUGAUGUAGAAGGUGCUGAUACGAGCGCAGUCGAGGCGGGUGAGCCUCCAUCUACAUCAGCGACGACCACAUCAAGCUAUGUUGCGGAAUGCGGAGCACCCGGUCUCUUACCGGGAACACUACCGAACUUUGAUGCGGUGUGGAAUCGUGCCCUGUUGCGCAAGUUUCCAGAUUUUUAUGCGGUGCACCUCGCGGACGCCAAACGGAUCGUGGAUUUGGUGCAUAACCUGCCAAGUUCAACCACGCAUGACGCCGAUCACGCGAACGCCAUGGUGGACGUCGGAGGAGAGUUACACCUUGAGCAGCUGAAAGAGGUGCUCAGCAAGCAAGCGUUGCUGGUAGGCUUUGCGGGAGAAGAGGCGCUAAACAAGCGAAUGCGCGCUUUUGUUUGCGCUCACGACCCUCAGGAUGUCGUGAAAGGAGAUUACGGCCGCGAGCUCGGAAUGCAAUACCUAGCGCUGCUGCGUUCGCGCCAAAUGUUCCCGGCGGUUGUGAUACCUCGGGAAAAAGUAUGGCAGAUGCCGCCGCGCCCUGAUCAGGAAUCAUGCAGUGGCACACCACUGUCCGGAAAUGGUGCAAGCGCUCCGACCCCACGAAUGUCGGAGCAGGGAUCGAAAAAUCAAGGGAGCGCGCGGGGCGAUUUGAGGCGCCGACUACCACAACCGCUUUUAUUGUCUCAAGUCCAGCACCACGUCUCUCUGCACCCGCGCGGACGAUUCGCGGCUGCUGAUGUUUUCUCGCAGGCUCCAGCAUGCCCAGAGGGGUCUCCAGCAACGGCAGCGAAACCUGUCAUUUCCUACACGGGAAGUAUUCUGGGAGCACCUGGUCUUCGUGAUGAACAAAGGUGCGAUCCGCGGACGCCGGGUUCUGGCAGGAGCGGGGAACAUGAGAGUGCAUCGGCUUCAGGAGCUGUGAGAUUGCCAGGGCCGGCGAGGUUCUUGAACGAGGUUCCUGACAGCGCGCUCGAAUUAUGGCUGCUUGCGCGCGAGCUCAUUACGCAGGCCCAGCAGGACGCCAAGCAGAGUGGUUCCAGUGCUGGAGGUCUUGAUGUUCCAUCGGGGCUCGAUGAUGAAGAGCAUAUUCAGGACUUGGCGUGGGACGUGGAGCUCCUCGCGAGGGAUAAACGAAUUAAGCGUGGACUGGAUGCAUGGCUUCUUCGGCGCCCUCGUGUCAAACGGAUGUUUGACGAUCUAAAUGCGAAACAGCUCAUGGCCGUGCAGAUUUUGGCAAGAAAGCGGGAUGAACAAGCAAAAAAAUCGAAAAAAGAGAAUAUGAAGGAGCGUUGUGGCAGUGCCAAGCAGCCUCGUCAGCCAAAGACGCCUGCCACGACGAAAGUGGCCCCUUGGGCAAGCGCUGCCACAGCUAGGUUUCCGCCUGCGAAACACCAGAGUCCUCCCAUCGUCGAUGAGGGCUUGGCGUUAUUGUUUCUUCAUGCUCCAAACUUCGCGGCUGUCGAGAAGAUGAAAAAGGAGUGGAUGCCGACACUGUUGCAUAUUUGCUGGUGCGUUGUUUACGAACUUACUGAGCUGCGAUUGCCGAAACUUAGCGGACGAGAAGAUCCUGGCUUCGACAAGAUGCACGCCCUCUGGUGGCAGUUUGUAUCGGAUUACCCCUAUUACGUGACUACCGAGAAUCGGCCCCGACGACUGUCAGGUCUCUCGGGAAUGCAAGGCCAAGGCAUGAUCUGCGAUCCAAAGUACUUUCAACAUAUUGCGGCUUCUUGGAUUUUCGCAGCAUCUAAACACGUGAAUAAUAUCCUGUUUCCGGGAGCUAUUUUUGGUUAUUGAAGACAAUAAAGUAACUUUUCCACGACGCUAGCUUAGAUAACAUUUUCUGUCCAAAAUCAGGCGGCGCGAAGCGGGAAGCAAGUUUUUGCUUGAAGUGCAAACUCUGCAGCACCCGGCGGAUCUGGCCUGGGACAUGGUAGUCACGGAGCAGAUGAUAGACGCCAAUUGCUUUCUCUUCGCACGGCCGUGA